CUGAAAAACGAAGAAAACCUUUGUUCACAAGUGCUAUGUAGGGUCUGUGCGGUCAUGCUUGUGUGAUUUUCCUUGCAAAUUCUUCAGUUGAACUGUGAAAACGUCCUGUUUUAAAAAACAUUUUACUUCAGGAAAGAGCGUGUUCUUCAAGCUGAUAUAUCUACUCCAUCUGAGUGUUUAAAAUGUGUCUAACAUCAAGAUCACAACCGCUUUGGACGUGAUAAGGAAACACACAAAGUGAUCUAGUACCAGAAAUAAACAGCAGAAAGAAAGUCCCUCAAAGAAGGAUGAAAAUGAACACUCUCUUUGUAAAGUGGGUGAUAGUUCUGUUGCUGAUAAAAGCAAAUUUUCAUUAUUGUAAAAGUGAUCCCUUCACUUUGAUAAACAGUACUCUAACUGCUAUGGAGAGGUCCUGUAUUGAAAUCAAAUGUAAUUCAGAUAAAUUCAAUGUCAGAAAUGAAGAUCGUUACUGGUUUUGGAUGAAGGAUGCAAAUUGGACACAGGACACCGGCUUUGUGGGCACCAUUAUUUUCAGCUCGGAUGAGUUAAAACAUUCUGUCAGUCCUCAGUUUAAAAACAGAGUCCAGUAUAUCAGCUCACCAAGCAGUGGGACUAGUAUUUCAGAACAAAUGUGUGAUAUAUUGAUCUGUGACCUGAGAAAAACGGACAGUGGACUGUAUCAGUUCAGAUUUGUUUUGGGACAUCUUAAAUGGGCGACGCCUCCAUUAAAUCUAACUGUCCAGGAAAAUCCAUGCAUUCUCAAUUUUAGCCAACCACCAGUUGUGACGGAGAAUAAAACUGUAACACUCACAUGCUCGACAUUAAUUUCAUGUAAUUCUGACCUACAAAUUAACACUCUGAAGGAGCUUCCCUCAGCAAAACAAAGUUCUCACAACACGAAUAAAACCAUCAACUUUAGCUUUACUGCCAGCUGGGAGGAUGAUGGGAGAGUGUUUUCAUGCCAAACGCAAGAAAACAAGGACAAGUUCUUAAUCCGGAAUAUCACCUUGACUGUAGAAUACGCUCCCAAAUUCGUAACGGCUACGAUAGGGAAGGAAUCUGUAAAGGAAGGAGAUACGGUGACUCUCACAUGCUCUGCUAAAGGACAACCCAACGUCAAUUUCACCUGGUUCAAAAAUGACAGAAAGAUCCAAAUAGGUCAGCUUUUUGAAUCUAUUUUUAAAGAGUCAGACAGCGGAUCGUACCACUGCGAAGCUCAGAACAAAUGGGGGGCUGCACAGUCUGACAGAAUAAACAUUGAUGUGUUAUAUCCACCUGCAGUUGAAAUCCAAAUUGAAAAGCAAACCCAAGGACACUUUUCCUACAUAAAAGGACACAAUGUUACUAUUGUAUGUAAUGUGAAUAGAAGCCAUCCAAAACAUACAAACAGGUUUACUUGGAUUAUAAAUGGGAAAACAGUUAGGGGAGGGAUCAAAUAUGUUUUCCCCAAAGUCAAACCAGAGGACAGUGGCUCUUACCAAUGUAGAGCCAGUAACUCUGUUGGUUCAGGAACAUCAGCCUCUAUUUAUCUUGACGUUCUAUAUAAGCCAGAAAGCGAGGUUUCUAUUAGUCCUACGGAUAACAAAGUGAAAGCUAACAGCUUAGUUAAAUUUACAUGUAACACCCAAGCGAAUCCAGUUCCCUUGUAUUCCUGGUUUAGUUACAAACAGUCCGACCCCUCCAACUGGACACUGCUGGGAAGUGAACAGGAUUUAAAAUUGGAGAGUGUUCAAAGAAAAGACGAAGGCUGUUACAUAUGCAAUGCAAGCAACCAAGUUGGUAAUGGAAAUAUCAGUCAGCCCAAAUGCAUUCAAGUAAUUUUUCCUCCCACCAACGUCCUACUGUCUUUGGUUUCUAAGGUUAAAGAAGGCCAGCUUGUAAAAACCAUCUGUACUGUUGAAAGCUUCCCUUUCUCAGAAUUUGAGUUGAAAAGAUCUUUAACAUCUGAUCUUUCAACCUCAAAAGUGUUUUCUUUUCAGCUUGCUAAUGAACAAAAUGUUUUCACCCACACAUUUAAUGCAACUUCAACCCAUGCAGGGUUUUACACCUGCGUCGCAUCAAACAGCGAAGGAAACAACAGAAGCACUCAGAGGAAACUGGAGGUCGAAUAUUCUCCCAAAGAUGUGAGAAUAGAAGCUUGGCCUGGUUUAGCAGUGAAAGAAAAUGAGACAUUCAAGUUGAGCUGUGGUGCCCGCUCCAACCCACCAAUAACUCAGUACAAGUGGAAAACAGAGAAUAACAAUAAAAAGGAAAUUACUGUGAGCACUGAGAGGACCUACACUGUAAAUUCUUCCAGGCCCUCUGAUAGUGGGCUGUACAUCUGUGAAGUCCAAAAUGUGAUUGGAAGAGGGAAAUCAAAAGUGGAGAUUAACAUCAAGUAUGCACCAAAACAGACGACAAUCAUUAAAGGAGAAGAGCAACAGCGCCCUGAGGGAAGACGUUCUGUGAAGCUGAGCUGCAGCAGUCACUCCUAUCCUUCUGCCAAAUAUAUCUGGUACAAUAAGACGGAAAACAAACAGAUUUCUAGCAGCCAGAACUUAACAGUGUACUCUCACCAAGCAGGGGAGUACUACUGCAGUGCACAAAAUGAGAUGGGUAGGACAGAGUCAGCCUCAGUCAGGCUGUUUGAUGACACAGUAAUGAAGAUUGUGAAGAUUUUCGUGUUGCUUUGCGUGAUCUUGCUCAUCAUAGUCGUAUUUUUAUUGUACAUGCACAGGAGGACCAAAGCAAAUCAACCAAGAACAACAAAUUUGUGGCCCUGCUGUAGUUGUUCUCCAAUAGCGCUGAGUUGUCAGAGAUUGCAGAAAAGAUCUGAAAGAUCAACAAGAAAUGAGAAUAUUUUAACAGACUCUAGAAGCAGAGACGACCUUUUGCCAGAGCAGCACCGCCGGCCAAACGUUGAGCAUCAGCAGCCUCGCCCAGACGUCCAGUCUACAUCCCACCAUGUUAACAAUAUUUAUUGUACAGUCAACAUGCCAUAUGAAAAACAAGCUCCAUCUGCGCAAAGGCCAGUAAACAUGAAGCAAAGAUGCAUGGAGGAUGAUUCUCUCAACUAUGCUUCUCUACACUUUGAGAAUAAGAAGACAGCAGAAGUAGAGUCUUUAUAUUCGCAACUGUGUAAGCCAAAGCCAUACAAACAGAAAUCACAAGAAAACCUGGAUGACUAUGAGAACCUCAACAUGAAAUCACCAAUCAAAGUUCCGUAUAUUUUUGAUGAUGACACAGAGACGAGCGACGAAGAGGAGGUCAACUAUACUCAGGUGAACAUUAUUCAAAACCCCUCUGCUCAGAGUGACACAACAGACUCCAGCACCUCUGAGGAUGAGACUCACUACUCUGACGUCAAACUGUGACUCAAGACACCCUCAGAGAUCCUACUGGGAUUUGAUAACCAUCAUAUUUUGUUAAAAUAUGCAUGUAUGUUUUAAUUUGUGUGUAAUAACACAGAAUUAGAACAGGGAAGGAAGUAAUCAGUGUUUCAUUCUUAAUCAACAAUUUCUUCUAAAAAUGUUUUCUCGUUUUUGUUUUGUUACAAUUAAAUUUUUUUAGAUCAUUCAAAAAUAUCAGGCAAAAUGUAUCUAGGAAAGUACAAAAAGCAGUUUUCAAAUGAUAAUAUUGCUUAUAGGGGGGAAAAAAGGCAUCCAAAUCAACCUAGCCCUAUGUGAAAACAGUAAUAGUCCUCUUUUUAAACAAUGAAUUAACUGUGACAAACAUACAUAACAAGGUCUGAAGGUCUGACAUGUAGAAUGAAGAUAUUUUUUUUUUAAAUAACCUUUCUGACAAUAUGAUUCUGAAAAAAAAAACAAGCCUCAAUCUAAAGUAAGUCAAGAAACAGUCACUUUAUCCAUCUGGAAAGCCAAAUCUAAGGAUUAUCCACGAAUGGAAAAUAUUUGGUGUUGAACAUUUCCAGGAGUGAUCGGCCUACCAAAAUUACUUCAAGUGUGCUUGAAACUAACGCACCAUUUCAGAAAAAGAACAUAAUACCUACAGUCAAAGGUAGAGGUGAUAGUGUGUAAGCCUUGCCCUACUUUCCUGCUUCGGGACUUGAAGGACUUGUUGUAAUUGACAGAACUAUAAAUCAGGCUUUCUACCGAAAAAUAGCCAGCAGGAGGCUGUGUGUUAAAGUGGUGUUUGCAGCAGGCCAGUGAUCAAAAGUACCAACUAGCAGUUCCACCUCUGAAUGGCUUAAAAUAAAUCCUAAAUGAAUGUUUUAGAUGGGCCUAAUCAAAUUCUGGACUUAACCCGAUUAAGAUGUAGCAUGAACUUAAUCUAUUCAUUCUCGAGAAGCUGCCAAAUGGCUGAAUUAACACAAUUAGCAAAAUAAUUGUUGACCAAAAUUCCCCCGAAAAUCUUAUUGCUAGUUAUCAGAGAUGCUCGAUAGCAACAAUUGUUUAGUUUAGAAGCUAAUUACCAAUAGGGCCAGGUUGGUUUAAAUAGCCUUUUCCUUUUAAAACGAAAUUCCCAUAUAAAAGCUUUGUCUUGUAUUUACUCAGGUUAUUUUUGUCUGAUAUUACAAUCUGUUUUAAUUGAAAAAACAAGAAAUCUGUAAGGGGGCAAAUACUUUUUCACAGUUUUCACACAGUUUUCACACUUUUUCACAGUGCUAUAUAAAGCAACUAGAUUCUGCUUUAACAAAGAUGUAAUUCUGUACAUAAUAAGCUAAGAACUGAAUGUGGAUAUGAAUGUUUUAAAGCUAUGUUAAAUUUAAAAUGAUGCAUACACACUGAAAUGAUACAUUGCUUGUUCAUGUUUUCUCACUGUAAAACAUUUUGAAAGGUUAAUUCAGCUACAGCUAUAAAUUUAAUAAAAACGCAUACAAAGUUAUGAAAAAUGUU